CAAAGCCAAAAUAAGUUUCUCCAGUCUGGUUUCAAUGCUCAUCUCAUGCAAGUCCAUUUUUGGAGUUUGAGCACCAAAAAGAAUAUGUAAACUAGGGAGGAAGAAGAGAGAGAGAGAGAGAGAGCUGUCCAUGAUCCUUUAACUUAGGCUUCUGGGCUUUAGCCAUCUUCCGAAGCUCUCUUCCGUUACCAUGGACAUUUAUCUCCCUCUCUCCCCCCAUCACCACCCCCACAACCACCAAAACCACCACCACCACCACCACCACCACCAAGAGGAAGGCUUUGCAGGUGGUGGAGAGGGUGGCGGGAAUGUGGGCCUUGGUACUCCUUUGCCUCUUUUGCCUAUAUGCUCUGAUGGUUCUCUCUGCCUCCUGGAGCCACUCUCUAAGCCUCCUCAUGGUGCACCAGAUUGGAAUUAUGAGGCUUCCAUGGCCGCCACAUUCACCAACAAGAGUGCUGAUGAGGAAAGAGAAGGGCCAAAGCUAGAAGACCUUUUGGGUGGGUACUCUGAGAACACCAAUAAAGAGAGCCAGAGCCAUCAAUCCAUCUCCUCCUUCCAUGACUUCUACUACCAUAACCCAACUAGUCCUAGCAUCAAUAUUAACAUGCCUCCAUCAUUUAGCAAUGGAAACAAGGAGAAAGAGGAAGAGAUACAAAACUCGUAUAAACUUUUUCAGUCCUUCCACCAGUCUAAGCAAUCAUUUGAUCAAACUUACAACCUCAAGCCCCAAUUUCUCAUGCCCAACCACAACCCCGUUACUAACUCAACAUACAGUGUGGGAUUAGAUGGUGCAGCAUCCAUAUCAGGAUUCAAGUCUCGGCUGAGGCAGAAUUUGUCUACACCAAUGGAGAAGCAAUUGGCUGAGGCCUUUGAAUGCAACUCCCAAUCUCUAACUCUUUCAAUGAGUCCAAGUGUGCCUUUUGGAGCUGAUGAAAUUAUUCCAGCUGCCUCAUCACAUUUUUCUGACAAUGGUCGAAACUCUCUGGUGGCCAAGCCGAUGAACCAAGAGCCAAUUCCACGUAAAUCCACUGAAACUUUUGGCCAAAGGACCUCUCAGUACAGAGGAGUCACCAGGCAUAGAUGGACAGGAAGAUAUGAAGCCCAUCUGUGGGACAACAGUUGCAGGAAAGAAGGUCAAACUAGAAAGGGUAGACAAGUUUACUUAGGGGGUUAUGAUAAGGAAGAGAAGGCAGCAAGGGCAUAUGAUUUAGCUGCACUCAAAUACUGGGGUCCAACCACUCAAUUAAAUUUUUCACUUAGCAGUUAUGAGAAAGAGAUAGAAGAGAUGAAGAACAUGACAAGGCAGGAGUUUGUAGCCUAUUUAAGAAGGAACAGCAGUGGUUUUUCUCGAGGUGCAUCUAUGUACAGAGGGGUCACAAGGCAUCACCAACAUGGGAGGUGGCAAGCUAGAAUUGGGAGGGUUGCAGGCAACAAGGACUUAUACCUUGGAACUUUCAGCACUCAAGAGGAAGCUGCAGAGGCCUACGACAUUGCUGCCAUCAAGUUCAGAGGACUGAAUGCAGUGACCAACUUUGAUAUCACAAAGUAUGAUGUUAAACGCAUUUGCUCGAGCUCAAGCCUCAUCGCUGGUGAUCUUGCGAAACGAUCCCCCAAGAACUCCCUUUCUCUUGCAGAGCACACUAGCCUCACCGGGAGGCAUGAUGAGCCAUUGGAGCCCCCCAAUUCGGCUCGAAGCGUCGCAAACUCUCUUGUUUCUUCUUCCAUGAGCAAUGCAGACUCCACAACAAGCGGCAGGACAGGGAGGGGGCAUGCUGUCCCUUUAAAUGCACUGAAACAUGAGAACAGUGAUCAAAAUGGUAAUGGGCAUGGAGGAGUUAGGGGGAAUAUGGACUGGAUGACAGCUGAAGCUCGGCCGACAGGGUUUCAAGUGGCUUACCAGCUUCCCAUGUUUGCACUGUGGAACAAAUGAGUUCUCAGAGGGAUCGAUCCUUUUGUUUGCAUGAUCAUGUUAUCUUGGCUGAGUGGGAUUUUGUAGUGACAAGUUCUUUGCUCAAAAGUUUUGUAGUGACAAGUUCCGGUUCAUGGAUUUAAGGUGCUAAGAUUCAUUUCUUACCUUUCUGAUUCAA